CACGAGUUCACUGUGAGUAGACUCGGGAACAACAUUACGUAACCGUAAUUAAUAAUUUAUAAUGGAUUUUAAAAACAAAGUAGUGAUAAUAACUGGCGGCAGCUCAGGAAUCGGGGCUGAAACGGCAAUUCAGUUCGCCAAACUAUCAGCUAAAGUUGUCAUCGUUGGAAGAAACGAAGAGAAACUGAAGAAAGUCGCAGAACAAUGCUACCAAGCUCAAGGCAUCAAAUCGCUAAUAAUCAAAGCUGAUCUUACCAAUGAUUCUGAAGUCAAAAACAUCGUAGAAGAGACUAUUAAACAUUUCGGACAGAUCGAUGUACUCGUGAACAACGCUGGUAUAGUAGCUCAUACAAAGAUCCAAAAUGGGGUGGAAGAUUUCGACAGAGUUUUCAGUACAAACCUAAGAAGCGUGUAUCUUUUGACCAGCCUUGCAGUGCCUCACUUGAUCAAAACUAAAGGCAACAUUGUAAACAUUUCCAGUGUUGCUGGCCAGAAACUUUUUCCAAAUUUGACUGUCUACUGCAUGUCCAAAGCUGCUUUAGACGUGUUUACAAAGGGUUUAGCUAAAGAACUAGCUCCAAGUGGAGUUAGAGCCAACGGGGUCAGUCCUGGUCCGGUGAAAACUGAUAUUUUAGUCCAUGCUGGUUUAGACGAAGCUGCUAUCGUGGAGAACUGGGAAAGGUCCAGUCUUCUGGGCAAGAUAUGUGUCAGCCGCGACAUAGCUGACAUGGUGCUGUAUCUCGCGAGUGAUAAGGCGAACAGUAUCACGGGGAGCAUCAAUGUUAUAGAUAACGGAAGACUAUUGGAGUGAA